GCUGUGGCCAGUUCUUCCCGGCGGCCCGACGGUCUUGUCUGUCACUUUCAGUAUCGCUUUUCAUUAUUUGGCUUGAGAUCGGGGAAGGGAGGGAGCAAGAAGAAUAUAUAUAUAUAUAUAUUAUAGGCGGUCAGGAUAGCGUUACGGUCCGACAGACAGACAGAGAGAGAGAGAGAUAUUCGGCGGAAAGCUGUGCUGUGUCGGGCACGUCAGAUGGUCAGACAAAACUAAUUAGAUGCUCAUUUACCAAGUGAUUUGCAUCUUUUUACUCGUGUGGAAAACCAUGGCACAGAACCAGCCAGAUGGACGAGAAGAAAAGGACAGAAAUUCCACUGCAUUAAAAGAUUUGCUAUCUAGAAUUGACUUAGAAGAACUAAUGAAGAAAGAUGAACCACCUCUUCAAUUUCCUAAAACACUUGAAGAGUUUGAAUAUUCUUUUAAUGAAAAGGGACAGUUAAGACAUACAAAAACUGGGGAACCAUAUGUGUUCAAUUACCAUGAAGAUAUGCACAGAUGGAACCAGAAACGUUAUGAAGCCCUUGGAGAAAUUAUCACUCACUGUGUUUAUGAACUUUUGGAAAAAGAAUGCCAUUUAAAGAAGGUUUAUCUCCCAGUGGAUGCUACAGAAGAUGAACCAAAGAGCUUCAUUUUUAUGAGUGAAGAUGCUACAACAAACCCUGACAAGUUAAUGAUUCUGAUUCAUGGUAAUGGAGUUGUCCGGGUUGGCCAAUGGGCCAGAAGACUGAUAAUCAAUGAAGACCUUGACAGUGGGACUCAAAUACCUUUCAUCAAAAGAGCUAUGGACGAAGGAUAUGGAGUAAUAGUUCUAAAUACCAAUGAAAACUACAUAGAAGUGGAGCAGCUACAGAAGCACAUGCAGUCACCUACAAAUGACAUAGAUGAGCCAGUGGAAAAGAAAGAGAAGAAGGAUGACAGUCAGAAGGAGACAAAGAAACAGCGAGAUGUUUAUGAAAAAUAUCGAAAUCCUCAAAAGGAAAAAGAGCCAAAGCACAUCCCCAUCAGGGAUAACAGUACACCAGAGGAGCAUGCACUCUAUGUCUGGGAUCACUUCAUCUCCAGAUCUUCUGCCAAGAAUGUGGUAUUUGUUGCCCACAGUUACGGUGGCCUGGUGUUUUUGGAAUUAAUGAUUCAGCGGGAAGCAGAAGUGAAGAACAAAGUGAUUUCAGUGGCAUUGACAGAUUCUGUCCAUAAUGUUUGGCACCAAGAAGCUGGAAAAUCUGUACUGGAUUGGAUGCAGGAGCAUUGCCGUAACUGGGUGUCAAGCUCUGAACCAUUGGACACGCCCGUAGAAUUUAUGUUGCCAGACUGCCCUCGGGUCUCUGCAGGUACAGAACGGCAUGAGCUAACAUCGUGGAAGAGUUUUAAUUCAAUUAUAAAGUAUUUUACUCAAGCUUUAGAGGCACAGAACACUGAAACAAAAUCUAAGCCAACAGUGAUAACAAGAAGCUCCAACCGAAAGAAAAGUGAAGAAUUAUGAAGCAAAAAGCCAUUUUCCUGCAUUUGUUUUUGCUCUGGCAGCCCCUCUAUCCCUCAUUAGAUUGUUUUCUUUUUGGAGCAAAGGGUCAUGGUGUAUACAUCUAAAUAGCAUUUUGCAUUAUUUCUAGAUGAGCGCAACUGUCAAAGCAAUAUGGGUCUGCCGGUUGUGUUUCCUGUGGUCCCGAGCUCAGAUUUGGUGCCACCGAUCGGUGCGCAGAUUAAGAGUGACAGCAGUUCUGCACAGUGCAGCGCAGAGCGGCUCUAAUUGCCCUGACACAGCCCUGCACUGAGCUAAUGCCAUGGGGCUAUUGGCUUCCCCCAUGUCCUAAUGCCUGCCAACUAUUCUUCAUUAAAGAGACAGCUUCUCUUUUGUCGACCUAUGUACAGCAGCCUUUAAAAUAGCCAGAAAUCACAGCUACUCAACAUUUUCCCUUCACGUACUCAAGCCUUGUCAUAAUUUUCAAGGGAUUUCAAAUGCAUUUAAGUCGCUAAAGAUGACAGUUGUUUUUGGUGAUGCCAGCUGUCACGUUUUAUGUCUGCUCAAAAGUAACUUGAUAUUACUGAAGCGGUGUGUUUAUUUUUCAAAAUAUAUCAGAAGUACUUCUUAAAGCUCAAGGAUGUUUAAAGAUAUGUUGGGUAAAUUGGCAUCACUGUGAAUAUCUAUGUCAGUUGGCCAAUAAAAACUAAAGCAAUGUUUCUCAUAAAAAACACAUUAAUUAGAUCAAAUCUAAAUCCAAAGGUCUGUAUCCAUAAUGUGAUCUGAUUAAUAUCAACAUAUACAUUACGCUGCAUCUUUUAAAUGACUAGAUUAUUUUUAAUAACUAGAUUGAAGACUGUGUAGUACAAACAAGAGAGCGAUAAUAACCAUUUUUCUCAAAAUAUUAAGUGGACAUGAUUAAUUUGAAAGACCACUGUAAAUGUUUUCAUUCUGUGCUUGUUACAAUAUUUACAUUUUCUUGCUUUUAACUAGUUGCUGAGAAUUUUGUUUUUAAAAAUUGACAUUCAGGUUGGUUACUGCUGUUGAAAUAUGCACUUUCAUUCUCGUUUUAAGUAAUAUUCAUUGUCCUUUUCAAUUAACUGCAAAUUAUAACUGAAUUUAAAAGAUGCUUUAAUAGCUCAAAUGUUACAGCAAAAAUAAAAUUGCUUCCUAAGGGAGUAAUGUUACAAAAUUGCAAGAACACAAGAAAUUGCAUGUUAAUGCAAGUUUAGUUCCUGCUCCAUCAUUCGAACUGGAAGUUCAUUUUUCAGUUUAACACUUGCUAGUUUUUGCUUGCUUGUGAUUCAUUGGCUAUAGAGUAGCUUGGGGAUUCUGCUAAAAUCUAGGACACACAAAAUUUUAACAUUUGAGUAAUGUAAAGUGUGUUUUAGGACCAACUUAUGAAAAUCCUUGGAGUAAUUACUCAUUACCUUGUUUGAUCAUUUGAAAAUUGGAGCUUUUUGCAGUGCUUCAGAACAUGAUCGAAUACAAAAGAGGGAAUAGAUUAUUUAGAAUAUUCAAAUUCUUGUUAUGCAUUACAUAGGUUCAAGGCAGGACAGCACAAAAAUGCGAGAUGAGAAUUAACAUACAUUAUUUUAAUUAAAUAUUUAGCAAUAUGAAGUUUGAGAAAUAUGAAAUAGGUGCAAAGCAGUGUACAAAGUCAUUAAUUCAAGUGAUUUGUUCAGGUUUAUAAUGCUGCUAGUGUUCUGAGUGGCUGAAGAGCUUCAUCAGGCUAUGUGAAUAGGAAAAGGGACCCAAGGGAAGCCUUUGGUAGCUGCUUUGGUGCAUGUGUAGCUCCACUCCCAUAGAGACAGGUUAGGAGGUUUGCUGCUGGAGCUUUGAUUGGAGUUUACAGUCAUUUGACAUUUCCAGCACUUUCUGCCAAAUGACACUGGUCCCUACAGAAUGCAUGCCCUAUUACCUGCCCAUCCACCCCCACCCCCCUUACCCCGACAUCUGACUUCAUUCUUUAGGUGUACUUGGAGUUUAAAUGUGGAAAUUGAAAAAUGAACAAAAUUAACCUCAAAUUCAAGCAUUUCAAUUGGUGAUAAUUUAUCUGUUAAUCUACAUGCAAAUAAUUAUUCUUUCACGUGGCUUUUACAAUCAAAACUUGCAGAAAUUGAUAAUGAAAUAUUGGUAAACUUAAAUGCAUUUAAUGUUAUCAUUAUCAAGAUUAAAGUAAAUAAUAAAUUGGUAUCUCUAAAAAUGCCUUCAGUUGUGAUGGCUUAAACAAUAUGUUACAUUCUGCAGUACAUUUUUAUUUUGAUCUUAAACUGUUUUAUUUGUAAUAGCAAGUGUAACUAGUUGGAUUUUGAAAUAUUACAGGCUUACUUUUGAAAACUAUCAUAAAGGAAAAAAAUCAUCUCGACAAGAUGAAAGCUUAGGAUGACUGACAGCAUUAAGUGAAUGGGACCUUUCCAUGCAAUUGUGAAUGGGGGCGAUAGGGGGAAAAUCUGAUGGAAAAUGAAUUUUCAACCCAGAAACCUUCAAAGCAAAACCAUGAUUUUUAUUUUUGAUAGUUUUCAAAUCCACUUAUCAAACUGAAGCACUGAAAUGAAAAGUUGCGUUCUCCAAUGUAUAAAUCAACUCUUGCUUUUAAUCUCGCUGUGUGAUGACUCUGAU